UUGUUUUAUUACGAGAUGAAAAUAGUUUUGUGUGUGGCGCUUUGCGCUGUCGUGGUGAGCGGCUCGCCAGGUCUCUUCGGCAGUUUCGGAGAUUCCGUGACCAGCACACUGACAAAACUGCCACAGUCAGUCAGCCAGCGUGUCAGUGAUGUUCAAGACACGAUCCCGUUCUCGGAUGGCCGCUUCGAUAAGGUUUUUGGAUCGUCGGACGAGAUGGUCAAGAGCUUCCGUAAGCAGCAAACCAAGUCCUUCUCAUCACUGUCCGACAUCCUCCCGGCCGGUCUGAGCCUCCCAGACCUCAGUCUGCCUACCUCCCUCCCCAUCCCCGGGAUCCCCGGGUUCGGCCUGCCUUCCGGUAGUCCUGGGAGCUCUGGGCCGGCUCCGCCGAAGCCUAAGUUCGAGCGUUCGCUGCAUUUGCAUGAGGAUCUCAUUGUGCCGUUGUCUGGGUUCACCGAGAGCUUUGAGAUAGAAUGGCACGCUGAAUCUGACACGAUGCGUAAGAUCCUGGAGGGUGGCAACACCAUAUACCGGUCACCGAAGCCCGACGGCAAAGUGGAGUUCCUUGAGAUUCGUGAGGAGCAAGAAGGAAAGAGUAAGGUUCACCGCUGCUCACGCACCGUCGUCUCGUUGGGUGCUCCUGCUCACAAGUCCUUCCCUGGUCUGCCUGACUUAAGCGAUUAUGUUUUCGUUGGAGAUGCUAAAUCGGAACUAUGGAGGAAAGUAAUAAAGGGCAAACCGGGUGAAAAUGGCGCGGUGAAGGGAGAGUCCCUCACAGUCACCCAUGAGCUGCUGGUCGCCAGGGAGAAGGAGGGACCAGUACCGGUCAGAUACUCCGUGACAACAGACAGCUCCAUCCUCGGUCCGGCCAGCGACGUCUACAUCCACACCUACAAGGUGCUGCCUCCCCCCACCGCCGCCAUUAAACCCGACACGGCUCAAUGUAAGACCAUAGAGGACGCGACUCCUCGACAGAAGAGAGCGGAUUUCUUCUCCAAGAUUACUGAUACCGUGUCCAAGUUUAACCCAGUUCAGGACUUCUCGCUGCCUUUAGGGGGGGAUAUUGGUCCUAAAUUUGACAGCUUCAAAGACCAAUUCAAACGGAACUACCUCGACCCAGUGGAAGAGGCAGUCCGCAAGAACCUCCUCACCCAAGCCACCCGUUUCAUCGAGGCCGGCAACCAGGCCACCUCCAGCUUCAAGAUGGGCGUGAACUUCCUCGCUGACCGCUUGGAGGAGGAGAUCAGUCAGCUCUUCGGAGUGAGGGAGCCUGAAGGACUGGUCGAGGAGGGAAUGGUCCCGUUCCCGUAUUCGGAGAAGGAAGUAAAAACAGCGUCUGAGAAGCUGCCAGACGAGUUUGAUUGGAGGAAGUAUGGUGCUGUGUCGCCAGUGCGCUAUCAGGGAACAACAUGUGCUUCUUGCUGGGCCUUUGCCGUGGCGGCCUCCACGGAGGGCGCGCUCUUCAAGAAGACCAACAAUCUGGUGCCGCUCAGCCCUCAGUGCCUCGUCGACUGCGGCAAACCGUUCGGAGCGCAGGGCUGUGGGCCUACCUGGCCGAGUUUCGCCUAUGACUACAUCCAGAACCGAGGCCUGUCCGCCUGGGACGAGUAUGACUAUGAAGCCAAGGUCCUGGAGUGCAAGGAUACCAAAGUGUCUCCCGUGACGCACAUCAGCGGACACGUCAACGUUACGGCCAACAAUGAGGAUGCUCUCAAGGUGGCGAUCAAGAACCAUGCACCCACCGUGGUGAUAGUGGACGCAAUGGCAAAGAGUUUCAUCUAUUACAAAAGCGGAGUCCUGAAUGACAAGAAAUGCGGUGAAAGCAAGCCCCGCCUCAACCACGCAGUCCUAGCGGUCGGAUGGGGCUCCAAGGACGACUCCAAAGACGCCCCCCACUUCAUCCUGAAGAACAGCUGGUCGGACAAGUGGGGGGAUGAGGGCUACAUCAAGAUAGCCCCAGAAUCGUGUGCCGUAUUGGAGCGUCCGACGUACUCCUUGGUUCAGCAGCCGAAUGUGGAUAGGGAGGCGCUGCGCUCUUCAUAUAAAGACUAGGCGUUAAGAUUGUUACUUUUUUAUGUGCGUAAAUACUUAAUGAUAAAUAAAAGUGUAUUUUUAAA